AUGCAAGAUAUUAAUUUCCGAAAUGAAAGUUCCAAUUUAAUAAAUUUCAAUUUACCAAAAGCUGAUACAAUAACAAUAGAUAAAUUAAAUGAAAUCUAUGAUAAUUUUUUCCUUGAAAAAUCUUCAACAUCAUCAACAAAUUAUUUAUUAAAUGUUCUUCAAUUAUUAGAAAAUGUUGAUAAAACAAUUUUAAUGAAACCAUUUAUGCUUAAUAAUGAAUUUAAUUCAUAUUUAAUCGAUAAAUUAUAUCAUUUAUUAAAAAAAUUUUAUAAAAUUAAUUAUUUAAAUGAUCAAGAAUAUCUUUUAUAUCAUUAUUUAAUAAAAUAUUUUUUUCGAUUAGAAUUUAAUCCACAAAAAUUUCUUCGACCAAUUGAAAAAUUAUUAAAUAUUUAUUCAAAAGAUCAAACAUUUUUUUCAAAUGAAAAUUAUGUUAAAGAUUUCUCCAAAAUUCUUUCUCUUUUUAUACAAAAUCAAACAAUAAUGACUUCAAUUAUUAAAUGUUUAACCAAUAGAUAUUAUAUUCAAUCAUUAGAAAAUAUAUCACAUGAUUAUUUUAUUUUAAUUUCUUGUCCAUCAUAUUGGAUUUUAUAUACAGGUCCAAAUCGAGAAGAAUUUUCUAAUCGAUUAUUACAUUCAUUAUUAAUUCCAUCAUGUCGUAUAUUUGCAGAAAAUUCUUGGAAAAAUUCCUCGAAAAGUUUAAAUUUAUUAAUUGAUGUAUUAAAUUAUAGUUUUAUAAAAUGUAAUUUACAUUUAUUGAUCAAUGAUGAUUUAUUAUUUUUAAUUGAUUCAAUAUUAAUUUUAUUAAAUAAUGAAAGAAUAUUAAAAGACAAACGUUCAAUUAUCAAAAGUUUAAUAAGAUUAAUAUUAACAUUACUUAGUAAAUAUGAAUUCUUAUUAAAAUAUGUUAAACAACGUCAAGAAAUAUUUUAUAAAUUAAUUAAUAUUGAAAAUGAUAUUUAUUUAAUUUUAGCUUUUAUUAUGAAUAAUCAUCAAAUUAAAAAUAUUCUUAAUCAUAAUGAAAAUUUUGCUUUAGUUUUAAGAGAAUAUGUUAAUCAAGUUAAUAAACAACAAUUUUAUCAAAAUGAUUUUUUAACAAAACGAUUAAAAUUUCUAUUGGAAGAAACAAUUCAAAAUAAAGGAGAAUUGAAAAAUCUAAUAAAAGAAAAUGUUCAAUCGAAUAAUCGAAUACCACCAAACCCUGUUAAAUCUGCAUUAGAAUUUGAUAAUAAUCAACAAAAUUUAAUAAAUUCAGAUGUUGUUUCACAAGAAUUUAAUGGAAUUCGAGUUAUGGAAUCACUUACAAAACAUCAGGAUAAUCUUCUUUCUGAUGGUUUACAAGCUCCAGUAAGAAUUCAACCGGAACAACAUCAGAAUGGACAUCGUCAAACAGAUACAAAUUGGAUUGUAUCAGAUACUGUUACAAGUCUGAAAAAUAGUCAACCAGAACAGAUGCGUAAUAAACAUUAUCAAUCAGAUUUAAAUUGGAUAGGAUCAGAAACUGGAAAAAAUUUAAUCAAUAGUCAACCAGAAAAAGUUCGCAAUAAACAUUAUCAUUCAGAUUCAAAUUGGAUUUCAUCAGAAACUGGAAAAAAUCUAACAAAUAGUAAACCAGAAAAGAUUCGUAGUGAACAUCAUCAACCAGAUUCAAACAGAAUUCUAUCAGAGACUGUACAAACUCUAACAAAUACUCAACCAGAACCAACUCGUAGUAAACAUCGUCAAUCAGAUCCAAAUCGAAUUGUAACAGACACUGCAACGAUCCUGACAAAUACUCAACCAGAAUCAACUCGUAGUAAACAUCGUCAAUCAGAUUCCAAGCGAAUUGUAUCAGACACUGGCAAAAACUUAACAAACAGUCAACCGCAACAGCAGAGUCAUAAUGGACAUCCUCAAUCGGAUUCCAGUUGGAACGGAACAGAGACUAAGAAAAGUGUGACAAAUAGUCAACCAGAACCAGUUCGUGGUGGACAUCAUCAAUCCGAUUCAAACCGAAUUGUAUCAGAAACUGUGAAACAUCUAACAAACAGUCAAUCAGAGCAAAUUCGUAAUGGACAUCAGCAAUCUGAACCUAACUCUGUUCGAUUAGAGACUCUAACCAAUUCGACAAAUAGUCAAUCAGAGACAAUUCGUAGUAGACAUCGUCAACCAGAUUCCAGUUCGAUUGUAUCAGAAACUAUUAAAAAUCAAGAAAACAAUCAACCAGAGCAGAUUCGUAGUGGAGAUCAACAAACAGAUUUUAAUUCAAUUGGAACAGACAAUGUGAAAAAUUUCGAAAACAAUCAACCAGAACAGAUUCAUAGUGAACAUUAUCAACCCGAUUCCAACUGGAUUGGAUUAGAAACUGGAAAAAAUCUGGCAAAUAGUCAACUAGAACAAGUUAAUAGUGGACAUCAUCAAUCAGAUGUGGACUGGUUAUUAUCAGAAACUGUCAAAAGUCUGACAAACUAUCAACCGGAACAGAUUCAUAAUGGACAUCAUCAAUUAGAUUCAAAUUGGAUUUUAUCAGCAUCUGGUAAAUCUUUGACAAACAAUCAACCUGAACAAAUUCAUAAUAAACAUCAUCAAUCAGAUUCGAAUUCGAUUGUACCACAGACUGUACAAAUUCAUAAUGUAUCUUAUCAAUCAGAUUUAGAUUGGAUUGUAUCAGAAACGAUGAAAAAUCCAAUGAGUAAUCAAUUAGAAGAGAUUCCUAAUGGAAAUAAUCAAAUGGAUUGGAAUUGGAUUGUAUCAGAAACUGUAAAAAAUUUAACAAAUAAUCAUCAAUCAGAACAAAUGCAUAGUGGAUUUAAUGAAAGAGAUUUUAAUAAAAUUAUAAAAGAAACAAUGAUUCAAUCGGGACAACAAGAACCUGAUGAAGUUUUUGAUUCCGAUUCUAAUCAUGCUCUUACAGAAAUAACAAUAAAUCCAAGAAAAAUAACAUCAGAACAAAUCAAUAAUGAAUUAGAAAAAAGCAAAUCAAAUGAAAUAUUUAAUAAAAAUGGACAUGAAUUAGAUAUUCAAGAAAUGUCUGUUGAAAUUCCAUUGGAUUAUAUUAUUUUUUCAAAUUCAAAUAAAAAUGAAGAAGAAAUUGUGUUAAUAUGGUAUGAUAAUAAUAUUAGUAAAACUGUUGAUAUGAAUAAAACGAUUGAAUCACUUCAACAAAUUAAUGAUUAUGUUUUUAUUUGUUCAAAUCAACAAGUUUUUUUAAAAUAUAUUCGCGAAAUUAAAAAAGAAAAAAUUUUUCUUAUUUUAUCUGAAUCAACAAUUGAUGAAAUUCUUAAUGAAAUUCAUAAUUAUCAACAAAUUUAUUCGAUAUUUUUAUGUUCUGUUAAACCAAUAAAAUAUGAACAAUAUUUAAAUAAUGAACAAUUAAAUAAAAUUAUUGGAAUUUAUACAGAUUUUCAAUCAUUAUUAAUUAGUAUUUAUGAAAAUGUUCAAUAUGAAAUUAAACAAAUUGAAAUUGAAUCAUUAUUUUAUGAAAAAGAACAAACUAUUGAAGAUUUAAAUGAAUUUCAAUCCAUAACAAUAUUUAAAGAAAUUUUAUUAAAUAAUUCAUUUGAUAAAAGUGAAGAAUUAAAUCAAAUCAUCGAAGAAUGUCAAAAAUAUUAUAAAACAAAUAAAAAAGAAUUAAUUAAUAUUGAUGAUUUUAAAAGAAAUUAUAAAAGUGAAGAUGCAAUUCAAUGGUAUAUUAAACAAACAUUUAUUUAUCGUCUCAUUAAUAAAGCAUUAAAAUAUGAAAAUUAUCAAAUUUUAUUAAUUUUUAAAAUCUUUAUUAAAGAUUUAUGUGAAAAUAUUCAAAAGAAAUUUCAAUCAUUUAAAUUAAAACAAAAUUCCAAUUCAGUUUUAUCAUAUUCGGGAUUAUUUUUAUCAAAUCCACGUUUAGAAAAUCUUAAACAAAAUAUUGGUAAAAUUUUAACAACAAAUACAUUUUUCUUAGCACAUAAAUCAAAAAAUCUUAUUUUGAAAUAUUUUGAAAAAGGAAAAAAACAUUUACAUAAUGAAAAAGUUUUAUUAGAAAUUGAUAGUGAUAUAUCAAUGUUAUCAAAUUAUUUUGCUGAUAUUAAUUUUUAUUUGAAUAAUAAUUCAAAUGAAAAUGAAGAUAUUUUAUUUGAUUUUGGAACAUCAUUUUUAAUCAAUGAAAUCAAUUAUUCAAAUAAUGAACAAAUAUGGAUUAUUAAAUUAAAAACAAUAUCAAAUGAUUGUUUUAUUAAAGAUAUUCAAACAUAUUUAACAGAUAAUUUAUCAUUAACUAAUUUUAAUAUUUUAUUAGGAGAAAUAUUUUUUAAAAUGGAAAAAUAUUCGAAAUCAAAAAAUUAUUUUGAAACUAUUUUAAAUUUAUAUAAAACAGAUGAUUCAAUAAAUUUAUCAAAAAUUUAUGAUUAUCUUGGACAAAUCUAUGAAUAUGAAAAUAAUUCUUCGCAAGCUAUUGAAAAUUAUAUCAAAUCAUCAAAGAAUUAUUAUUUAUUAAAUAAAUUGGAAGAUGUUGCUCGAAUUUAUAAUUAUAUUGGAAUACUUUAUUUUAAUAAUAAUGACAAAUUAAAUGCGAAAAUAUUUUUUAAUAAAGCUUAUGAUAUAUGGAAUUUAUUAAAUAAUGAAACAUCAAAUAAUCAUAAUUGGGAUUUUGCUCGUUUAAUAAGUUGUUGUGGUUGUUUAGAAGAUAAUCAUCGUCGUGCAAGAGAUUUCUUUUUAAAAGCUUUAUUUAUUUAUGAAAAUCCAAUUGAUAUAUCAAAUAUUGAUAAUCAAGAUUAUUAUGUUUCACAAGUUUCUGAAUAUUUAGCUGAAAGAUAUUAUUAUGAUUUAGAUGAUGAUCAAGCUAUUCUUUAUAUUAGAAAAUCUAUUGAAAUAAGAGAAAAAUCACUUUUAACAAUUGAUGAUAAAGUGAAUUAUGUUAAAUCUUUAAUGAAAUUAUGGAAAUUUUGUGAAAAAUCAAAUGAAAAUAUUUGGUUAUUAUAUCAAGAUGAAUUUAUUCGUUUAAUUGAUAUUGAAAUAUUUCAAUUAAUUCCUGAAUUAAAAGAUUUAAUUGAUGAAAUUAUUUUUUCCAAAAGAAAUUAUCUUCAUUAUGAAUUUAAUGAAAAUGAUUCAACAGAUAAUUUAUUAGAAUUAUUAGAAUCAACUUUAAAAACCGAUGAAAAUAAUCAUGAAAAAAUUCUUCAAUUUCAUAUUGAUAUUGGUAUUGAAUAUACAAAAAUAAAUAAAAUUAAAUGGGCAUCACAACAUUUUCUGAAAGCAUUACAAAUUUAUAAAACAUUUCUUUUAAAUAAUAAUUCAAAAUAUCUUUCAUUAAUUUAUCAAUCUUUUAAUGAUAUUGGAUUAAAUAAAGAACAUAUUUGUAAUAAAACAAAUCUUAUUAAACAAAUUAAUUAUAUUUAUGAUUCAACAAUUGAUUUAACUGAAAAAGAAAAACAAGCACAAAAUUAUUUUGAUCUAGGAGAAAAAUUUAUGUCAAAUGAUAUUGAUAAAUCAUUAGAAUAUUUUUUAAAAUGUUUAGAAAUUGAAAAAAAUUAUUUUCAACAAAAUAAUCUUAUUAGUGCAAUUUGUCAUCAAAAUAUUGCUUCAAUUUUUCUUAAUAAAUUUAUGUAUGAUAUUGCAUUAGAACAUUAUUAUAAAUCAUUGGAUAUUUAUGAAAAAAAUUUUCAUAUUCAACAAGAUAAGAAUGAAUAUAAUAUUAAAUUACUUUAUGGUAAAUGUCAUUGUAAUAUUGCACGAAUUUAUCAUAAACAAAAUCAAUAUGAUAAAUCAACGGAAUAUUUUCUUCGAACAAUUAAAAUUAUGGAAGAUAAUAAUAUUCCAUCAGAUAAUCUUUGUUUCUUAUCGGAAUGUUAUGAAGGAAUUGGAUUAAAUUUUUAUAGAAAAUCACAAUAUGAUUUAAGUAUUGAAUAUUAUGAAAAAUGUUUAAAUUUUCUUUUAACACAUAUUAAAUUAUCAAAAUUAUGUGAUCAUAAAAAAGAAAUUGCAUCAUGUCUUACUGAUUUAAGUUGUGUUUAUAUUGAUAAAAAAGAAUAUAAACGUGCAUUAGAAAAUUUAGAAAAAAUUUCAAUGAUUUUACCUGAUGAUGAUAUUGAUCUGGGUGAUUCAUUUCUUUUUAUUGGUUUAUCUUAUAUGGAACAAAAACAAUAUACUUAUGCUAUAAAUCAUUUUCAAAAUGCAAUUCAACAUUUUCAAAAACAUUUACCACAUAAUCAAUUGAAUUAUGCAUUAUGUCUUUCACAUUUAGGUACAUGUUAUUCAAAUAUGCAUAAAGAAUAUUAUCAAAAUGGAAUUGAUUCAAUAUUAAAAGCUAUUUCCAUUUAUGAAACAAAUCUUCCAGAUAAUAAAAGUAAUAUUGCACAAUGUUAUUGGACAUAUGCAUUUAUUUUAUCAAAAAAAGGCAAAUAUGAUGAAGCUAUACCAAAUGUUUAUAAAUCAUUAGAAUUUCGUCUUAAUGAAGAUUCAAUAAAUAUUGGUCUUUCUUAUAAUCUUUUAGGUUUAUGUUAUUAUAAAAAAUUUGAAUUUCAAGAAGCAUUAUCAUCAUUUAUAACAUCAAUGGAAAAUUAUGAAAAACAUUUGUCAGAUUUAUAUAAUGAAAUAGGUGCAUCAAUAUUUCUUGAUAUAGCAACAUGUUUAUUAAGAUUAAAUAAUUAUGAAUAUUCAUUAGCAUAUGCAACAAAAUCUCUUGACAUAAGAGAUGAAAUCUCAACAUCAAUUGAUUUACAAAAAGCUGAAUGUCAUAGUUUAUUAGCAUUAAUUUAUUCACAAGAACAAAUUCAACAAGAUGACAAAUGUAAUACACAUUGUGUUAAAGCUUUGCAAUUAUUACAAUAUUUUAUUAUGAAUGGAGAUGAUAUUGAAAAUAUUGGAGAUAUUUUUGCGAUUAUUGCCGAAAUAUUUUUAAAUAUUAAUGAUUUAAGACAAUCACAAAAAUAUUAUGAAAUUGCAUUAAAAUAUAUGAAAAUUGAUAAAAUACAUUCACAUCCUGAUAUUCGACGUAUACAAAAUAUUAUUGACGAAUUAACAAAAACUCCUAAAACUCCAUAA